AUGGAGGAGGAGUUAGCUCGGACAGAGGAGUCUGCCGAAGAGGAGCAGCCUGACGAUACCACCAGGCACCGAAUGGCACUUCUGGCUCUUCGUCCAGGAAAAACGUGGACACUUGAGGAUCUGUCUAACGAGGGAUACCUGCGGGUGGCCUUACGUCUGCUCUACAAUGGCGUACACGGCGUCAAGUUUCUGCACAUAGGAAAGUCUAUCCACCUGAAAUAUGGAAGGCUUCCUAACAAGGAGGUGCUAGCCAAGAUCGGUGUAGUUGCUUCUAAGGAGAUUCGUCGGGUAAAAGAGGUUCUCCAGGCCUUAGAGAUCUGA